AUUCACACACAGAAGUGCUGAAGAAUACACAAAGGACCAAACCUACAACAUCUGCAAGGAUUCACCUCCAAGAUGCUUUGCAUGUAUGGAUUGCUGUUCCUGACUCUGAGCAGAGUAGGGCUGGGAUCCCUGCAGGAUAAACAGACUAACUUUGGCCUGAAGGUCUUCUCCCGGCUGGCCCGGGGCUGCACGGAUGCCAAUGUUGCCUUCUCCCCUCACGGCGUGGCCUCUGUCCUCGCCAUGGCUCAGCUCGGUGCCGCGGGAAACACUCACAGGGCCUUAACCACAACAAUGGGCUUUUCUCUGCAAGAACGAGGGGCGUCCCGCCAACAAUGUCUACUCCAGCGUGACCUUUCCAGUGAGGACAGCGUGGACAUGGCCUGUGGGAUUAUGGUGGAGAGGAAGAUGAGCCUAGAGAAGGGGUAUAGGCGGGCUUUGGCCAAGGCUUUCCAGAGCCACCCUCAUCAGGUGGACUUCAGCAAACCAGACCAGGCAGUCAACAUCAUCAACGCGUGGGUCUCGGACCACACUGCAGGCACCAUCCCUGAAUUUUUGGCUGCUGGUUCACUGCCUGAUGAGACCCGGUUGGUUCUCCUGAAUGCUCUUCAUUUCCAGGGACUAUGGAAGGUUCCUUUUGACCCAAACCUGACACACGAAAUGAUGUUCCACUGUGCCAAUGGCAGCACUGCUCCAGUGCAAAUGAUGAUGCUAACCAAUCGCUUCAACUACGGUGAGUUUGUGACAUCAGAAGGUGUGGACUAUGAUGUCAUUGAGGUCCCAUAUGAAGGUGACUCGCUGAGCAUGUUCCUGGUGUCACCCUUUGAGCCUGAAGUGCCAUUAAGUGUGUUGAGUGCCGAUCUGAGCAGCCAGAAGAUCCGCCAGUGGAGGGCAGAGCUGAGGAACAUCAGGAGACAGCUGGCCAUGCCCAGGUUUACUCUGAGCUCUGAGGUUAAUUUGAAGGAUGUUCUCAUUGACUUGGGUCUGGGAAACAUGUUCAACCUGGCAACUGCUGACUUCACACGCAUCACCACUGACGAGCAGCUCUGUGUGUCAAAAGUCCUGCAGAAGGUAAAGAUCGAGGUCAACGAACGUGGAACCAAAGGGUCGGCGGCCACAGCUGCUGUGGUGUUUUCACGUAUGGCGGUGCCGGAAAUCACUCUGAACCGUCCGUUCCUCUUCCUCAUCCAACACAAACACUCAGGUGCUGUUCUGUUCAUGGGUCAGGUCAACCAGCCACAGCAAGAGUAAAACCUGAAAACCUGCUUUUGUUUCACGUGCAACUACUGACACUACAACACGACUCACUGGAAACACGCCACAUAACGCGACGAUACACACAGAAAGAAAAGCGGCAACAAAAAGAUGCUUCUGCAGACAGAUCGAGGCUGAAUGAUGUAUUUAUUAUGGGUUUUUUCAGUGUUCACUGUAUUGUAUUUUCUGCAUAAUUCUGUAUUUUUGUAGUAUUUAUAUUUAUUAAAAGACAGUUUUUUU